UUUCGCUAGUAUUAUCGAUUUCAAUUCUGUUAAUGACCUCAGACGUCCAUCCGCGAAGGGGUUGAGAUCGGACGCUUCCAGCGCAGGCGGGCAGAGCAACGAUGGCGGAGAAGGGCGGCGGGGGCUCCGGGGGAGAGAGGUGGAAGGCGGCGAUCAUGAACCUCUCCGAGAUGGGGGCUAAUCUAGACGCGAUGCAGAAACUCAUGGCCAAGAAGGCCGUCUUCGUGGACGAGGAGACCUUCGUCAAGGCUUCCCUCAUCUCCGAGCAAGGGCGCACCAUCAAGGUUCUUGAACAUAGAGUAGAGGCUUUGGAAAAAGAACUCGAUGCUGCAAUUGCAGCUGCAGCUCGUGCACGUUCUGACAAAAGACAGGCUGAGGCAGCUCAGCGGGCUGCUGAACUACAUGCACAGGAUCUUACAAGAGAACUCGAGAACACUACAAAUGUGUUCAAGCUACACAUGGAAGAAUUGCGCUCUCAGAAAGAGGAGAUAUCAAAGAAAGAAAGUGAGAUCAAACUAUUGGAAGCUAUAAUACAGACGAUAAGUAAAAAUGGCGUAGAUUCUGAUGACUAAGUUUGUACUAGAGAUUUGCUUAACUGAGGAAAAGUUCUGCUUUCCUGUAGUCUUUUUUAUUUUUUAUUUAUAUUAAUCCACCAGUUGCAUUAUUUAGGCUACCAUGGUUUAUCCUAUAUUUUCCUCUAGCAUUUCCUA